AUGCGUCGCCUCCUCCGGCUCAAUUCCUCCAGUUCGUCUCGUGGACACGAUGGACUAACGCAAUUGCCCCCCUUGCGCAGCUACGGCGAGUCCCACGGUAAGUCCGUCGGCGUCAUCGUCGAUGGCUUCCCGCCCAGCAUGUCCCUCACCGAGUCCGGCAUUCAGCCCGACCAGAGCUCCAUAAUCACGCCCCGAAACAGAAAGGACCGCGUCGUCAUUCAGGGCGGCACCGAGUUCGGUAUCACCUUUGGCACCCCGAUCGGCUUGCUCACCAACUACUCUGGCAGCAUCCAGGCGGCAUCUCCAACGACGCGCCCAUCUACUUCAGCGUCGCCUUCAAGCCAGCCCGCCGUCGCUAUCGGCAAGAACCAGACCACGGCCACCUACGACGGCUCGGAAGAGGGCGUUCUGGCCGCCAAGGGCCGCCACGGCUCCUGCGUCGUGCCCCGCGCCAUUUCCAUUGUGGAGGCCACGGCGGCCGUUGUCCUGCUGGGCGCGACCAUGGCGCAACACGCCAGACAGGUGACGAAGAGCCUGCUGCCGCCGAUCAAGCGGGAAAACAGCAAGGCGUGA